CGAAAGUUGGGAUUAUAAUUCUCCUGAAAGUAGGAGCAGAAAAUGGUUUUCUUACAUAUGCCUCGUUGCUAGUAAUAAUCAAUUUGACAGCUGGGUUGCAGACACAUAAAAUCUGUGAUGUCGAUGGUUGAAUCACACAAACUAGCGGAAUGGAUGCUACUCAGAUGAUCAGUGACUCAAUCUUGGAGUCAGAUGAGGAAGAUAAUGAAGAGGAGAUCGAAAAUAAGAGGGGACGACCGUUGGCUAAACUGUGCAUCUUGAAAAAUAAACACAUACCUGAGGCAGAGUUUCCCCUCUUUUUGGGUGAUAAUGUGCUUGGCCGUGACCCCAACUCCUGCACUGUGCCCUUGCCGGCAUCCUCAGUGUCCAAACAGCAUGCUACUAUCUGCCUUUGUGUGUACCGGAGACGUGCCUGUCGCAGUGAAGUGGACAUGGAAGCUUUGGUUUGGGACUUAGGGAGCAUGAAUGGGACCCGCAAGGGCCGCUUAAAGCUGACUCCUAAUGUACGCUAUGCCCUCAGUGAAGGUGACAGUUUGGUGGUGGCGGACAUCCCGUGUCAGUUUGUCAUUUGUGGCGUAGACUCUUCUCAGGGGGACGCAAGCUCUCCUCUGAGACAAAAUUCAGGGGUAAAGACCAAGUUGCCAGAUGCCUCGGGAGAAAAGGGAGAUGACACAAGCACAGACAGCAAGAAAUGUGUCAAUGGAGGGACAGAGACUCCUGUCAGAGCCAGCUGCCUGACCUUUGAGCAAACUCCCCAUCAGCCACAGGGGACCUUGGUCCCAGAAUCUGACUCAGACUCAGACAGCGAAACAGGAGUAAGAGGAGAAAGAAGACGAAGGACUCUAGUGUCUGAUUCUGACUCCCAUAAAUCCAGCCCCAUCAGCUCGUCAUUCUUGAGUCCCCCAAACAAAGUUGUCCCUGAAAGUGACAAUGAAAGCCCCAUGACAGUCUCGUCUUCCUCUAAAAAUAAACCAAACAGACAUGACAGCUUCACCACACAGGAGACAGAUGUAGAUGCGGCGCGACAGCAGUUGGAGGAAAAAAAAGUGGUUGCACUUGUGGAGGACAGUGAAGAGGAGGAAGAAAGAGCAGUGCAAGCGGGGACAAAGUCUCUGAAAGGGGGUUGGCAUAUGCCAGUGGAAAAGGAAAGCAAUGCCAGUUUUACAGGAGACGGUGAAUUGUCAACACCAGCAGUCUCUACAGACGCAAUCCCUGCAUUUAACAUGGACAGUGACACUGAUGUGGAGGGAGAGGACGAAGAAGUGGCAUCAGCGGGGCCUGUGACCUUGAAUACAAACCAACAAGUUGAUCAACCUCCAAAGACGGCCCAGUUUCACAUGGACAGUGACACAGAUAUCGAUGAGGAUGAUGAUGCUUCAGGUAAAGCUCCCAAAGCUCUGCCUUCUUCUGAUGAGAACGCCAAAACUCCUCAUGCUGUUUCAGUUAUUCCACCUGAAGGCGUCACCAUGGACAGCGACACUGAUGUGGACGAUGAUGGGGUCGUGUCAGACGCUGCCACAAAAGCAGGACCGACAGUAUGUCAGAGUGCGCACACAGCAGACUCUGCUUUUUCAGUGCAGGCAGAAGAUUUUCACCUCCACAGUGACACUGAUGUAGAUGAGGACGAAGCAAAAAAUACAACAGAUGAAACACCUAAUAAAUCAGAUAUAAAGCUUACAGCUCUUAAAUCUGCUCCUGUGGCUCCUGACAACCUGCAGGUAGAGAGUGACACGGAUGACGAGGCUCUCCCUGUCCCUGCCACCAGUAAACCCUCAGUGGUCGCUGCUGUUGCAGAUUCACGCCCCACUGCAGUUGCAGAUGCUGAUUUGGAGAUUCUCUCUGACAGCGACACAGAUGUGGAAGAUGCAUCUCUUCUGGCUAUACCUGUUGGUGUCACAACCUUGUCAGCUUCUCCUGGCCCAACUUUAAAGGCUUCUCUGGCAGAUUCUGAUGCAGAUACAGAUGUGGAUGAAUCUAGCGUGCCCCCUGUUGGGGAUGAGGCUAAACCAGCUGAUGUCAGAGUCGACGGCGAUACAGAAGAUAAGAAGUCAGAUAUUGGAGAAGAAGGUGAGGACCAGGUGCCCAGGCUGCACAGGGAAACUACACCUGGGUUGCUGGCUCCCCUUCUGCAGAACUGCUCCACUCCUGUGCAGAUGUCAGAUGAAGAAGUGGAAGACAUGGCAACUCAAGCCUUCGUCAGUCCCUCUUCAGGUUCAUUAAGGCGAGCGGCAGUGCCUGCAGUAAGACCUGUAGUAUUGUCGUCCUGCUCAGACAUCCAGGAGGAGGAGGAUUUUGCUGUGGCUGAGACGCAGUCCUUUACAUUUCAGAGCCGUGACCGUGUGAGCAGUGAGGAACCAACCCAAGCUUUUGUACUUGAGUCUUCUUGUGACAAUAAAAAUGACCAAUCUACCAAAGAAGAGUCUUUCCAACUGGGACUGUCUGACAGCAGCCACCUGCAGUGUCCAGACCAAGCUUUAGCUAUGGAGAACACCCAAGCUUUUGUUUCUGUGGAGAGGGGUGUGAACCUGGAAGAUACCCAAGCAUAUGCAGCCAUGUCAGCUGCAGACAGAUCCUCUGCAGAAAAUGACGCGAACCUGGAGGCCACACAGGACUAUGUAGAAGAUAAAGAGACUGAGCGAUAUCAAGUAGAUGUGGCCUUAGAAGCAACACAGGUAUAUGUGGCAGAGCCGUACAGUCACGCUGAGGAUGAUGCAGAUGAUGAUGCUUGUGAGACACAGCCUUCAGACUUUACUGCCUCUUCUACUCUUGCCAUAGCAGAAACCCAACCAAUGUUGCCUAUUGCAGGAGAGGAGGAUCUGGCAGCUGAAAAUCCAGUUUGCUCUGUUCAACAAAUUCAGCCGAGAUCCCUCAAGGAGGAUGGUCCAAAGGCAGCUCAGCCUCAGGAGAAGGGCCUCAGCGACGCUCAGUCUGUAACUGAAACUCAGCCCGUGUGUACAAGUGACAGUGAAGCAAGUGAUGAUGAAGGCUCAUUUCCAGCUCAGCGAAACAGAACAGCAAAGCCACUGCCACUUGAAGAAGCGCAGACACAAGAUCUCACUUGUUCAGAGUUGUCGGUUUCUGAAACCCAGCCAAUGCACGGUGGAAUUGCUGAAACCCAGCCCAUGGCUACAUGUGACGAUGAUGAUGAAGACUCAAUGCCAGGCCCGAGAAAAAGGAAAGCAAAGCAGCUUCAUCUUGAAGAAGAGGAGACGCAACCUGUCGCAGACUCUGAGCUCUCCACUGCUGAAACCCAGCCCGUGGCUACAUGUGAUGAUGAUGAUGAAGACUCAAUGCCAGGCCCACGAAAAAGGAAAGCAAAGCAGCUGCAGCCUGAAGAAGAGAUGCAAACCCUUGCUAGUUCUGAAGUCUCUGCUCUGGAAACUCAGCCCUUGAGUACAAAUGAAGGCCAGCAAAGUGAUGAAGAGGAUGUGAUUGCAUGCACUCGGAAAAGAAAAGCCAAGCCACUUCAGCUUGAAGAGGAGCAGACGCAGCCCCUCACUAGUGCUGAUGUUGAAACCCCGGCAGUAGUGACAGGUAAAUGUGAUGAUAAGGACUCAAUUCCAGGUCCACGGAAAAGAAAGGCAAAGCAGAUGAAGCUUGAAGAAAAGACACAGCCAGUCGAUAAUUCUAAAAUGACCCAUGUUGAAACUCGACCCUUGACAACAAAAACUGGAUUAUCGCCUUCAGAAGAAUCUGAAGCGGGAACCAGUGGAGCUUGUGUUCCAAAUUUAAGAGUGACAAGAGCAAAACCGAGAGAAGAGGAAGAUCAGGUGGCGUGUCCUGGACCAUCCAAGAGGCAGACUAGAGGAAGGAGUGGAAAACCUUUGUCUGAUGGUGACAACAAUAAGGAGAUGGUAAAACGGGCUAGAGGGAGAAAGAUAACGAAGCAGCAGAAACAUGAUGGUGAGGAAGAGGAUGAAACACCGGUAAGAGAAAGAAACAAGCAGGCUGUGAAUAAGAGCCUGAUAAAGCAACAAGAUGGGAAAGAUAGAGAGGAGGAAGAUGGUGCCGAUCUCAGACAAGAAAGAGAAGAAAAUGAUAACGAAAGGAGGACGACUGAUGAAAGAAAGAAGCAUCAGGAUGAGAUAGAAAUGCAACUAAUGGAAGAGAAGUUAGAAACAGAAGGAAGAGUAAAUAAAGAACAAGAAAGAUUGCAGGCUGAAGAUGCAGCGAGAGCAGAGAGAGAAAUCAAGGAGAAGGAAGAACAACAGAAAAUAGAGUCUGAAAGGAUUGAAAGAGAAGAGCGGGAGAGGUUAGAAAGAGAAGAAAAAGAGAGAUUAGAAAGGGAACGAAAGGAACAAGAAAAAGAAACUGCAAAGAGAGAACAAGAAGAGAGGCUUGAGCGGGAGCAACAACUGCAAGCAAGACUCGAGAGAGAAGAAAGGGAAAUGGAGGAGAGAGAGAGAGUGGAGAAAGAAAAAGAAGCCCAAGAAAAACAGUUGAAAGAACUGGAAGAAAAGAAAGAGGAACAAGACAAAUCCAAAACGCCUUCAAGAGGCCGAAGAACAACCAGAAGAACUAUUGCUUCACAGAGCACAGCAGAGCCAGACCAAGACUCAACUGUAUCAACCAAUGACGAUUUCCCAGCAAGGAGAACCAGAUCACGCUCAAACUCCUCCAACUCGGUCAGCUCGGAGAGGUCUGCUUCAAGUGUCCACGCCCAGGAAAGCAAGGGCAGAGGGAGAGGGCGAGGGCGAGGGACGAGGGAGACCAGUGAGACACCCCAGAAACCCGUCGCCAGAAGCAGCAAUCGAAGGACCACUGUGGCUGCAGGGGCCGUAGAGCACGAGCCUGACUCGUCCAACUCACUAGCCCCUGAGGUUUCAAGCUGCAGCGUGAGCUCUCAUAACAGAGGAAGAGGAGGCAGGCAGCGAGGAAGAGCGAGGAAAACAGAACAUGACCCAGACUCUAUCCCUUCUGUUAGUCAGAGUCAAAGUGAUCAGAAUUUAAGCCCUGCCAGGGGAAGAAAGGGCAAGAAAGCUGAGGAGUCCUCCAAUGAGGCUCUCCAUAAAAAUGGUAAAGAGGACUCUCAGCCGGCUACAACCACUAGAGGGCGACAACAACCCAGUGCAGCUACAGAUGAGGAAGACCAGUCGAAGCAAGAGGAAGCAUGCACCAGCGAGGAAUCGCUACCUAAAAGAAAUGUCAGGGGCAGAGGUCAGAGAGCAGUGAAGAGUGAAACUGUGGAGAAACCAGUUGCUCCUGCGGUCAGUGAUGAUGAUGAGGCUAAAGAUAAAAGAAAAGCAACGAGAGACUUGGAGGCAAAUACUGGAGCAGAUCUCAGCUGCAGCAAAAGGAAAGAAAGAUCUUCAAAAACGGCAGAAACAGACGAGGAAGAAGGAAAAGGCAAAACAAACGAUGAGAUUCCUGUUAGUUUACAAGGGAAGAAAAGAGGUAGAGCAUCCACCGCUCAGGCAAAGAAGAGCGCAAAAGAGUGUCUCUCAGAGGUGAAGGAGGAGGAGAGAGAAAAGAUGGAGGGUGAGACUGUGGAGAAAAAAGUCAGAGGUCGACAAUCAGCGGUCUCGAGAAAGAAGAAAGAGGAGCUGGAAGAAAGUGGAACAUCUUUAACUGCCACAAAUCAAGAUGCAAAUUUGGAGGCAUCAGAGCCCCAGACUCCAACCAGCAACGCAUCCCGGAAGCGGCAAGCUCCUGCAAAUUUCUCUCCCGUGGCAAAGAGUCCUCGCUCCUCCUCUGCAUCCCCAGCAGCAAGUGGUCGACUACAAACUGAAGGCCAGGCAUACAAGGUUCUGUUUACGGGGGUGAUGGAUGAAGCAGGGGAGAAAGUGUUGGCGCGCUUAGGCGGCAGCUUGGCUAAAGGUGUGGGAGACAUGAACUGCCUUGUGACUGACAAAGUGCGCAGGACUGUCAAAUUCCUUUGUGCACUGGCCAAAGGCAUUCCAAUCGUCACUACAGACUGGCUGGAAAAGAGUGGCAAAGCUGGGAGCUUCCUGUCUCCCUCCUCCUUUAUUGUUAAGGAUCCUGAGCAGGAGAAGAAGUUUAAUUUCUCCUUGCACGAGUCUCUAAGGAUUGCCAGCAGCCAGCCUCUCUUAAAGGGAUACGAGGUCCAUGUUACUAGAUCGGUUAAGCCAGAGCCAGUUCACAUGAAGGACAUCAUUUCCUCCAGUGGAGCUACCUUUCUACCAAAGAUGCCCUCUUCUAAUAAGCCUCACACUGUCGUGGUUUCCUGCGAGGAGGACUGGUCUCUGUGUCGCCCGGCUCUGUCUGCAUCUCUCCCUGUCGUCACCGCUGAGUUCAUCCUCACAGGGAUCCUGCAGCAGAAACUCGAUUUUCAGUCCCACACACUCUCGCCUUCCACAGCAAAUGUACAACCUGCAGGUGGCAGAGGAAGGGGCAGGAGGAAGACUUAGUACUCCCGGAGCAAAAAUACAGUGACUGUCUGUGUAUGAAAUCUUUAGCUGUGAGGUUUGUCCGUCAUUUCUGGAUACACUUUAAAACUGUAGACCGGUAAAACACCUGUUUAGCUAUUGGACUGUGAAAGACUGUAUUGAAUGUAUUGUCGAUUGUCCACUGAUGUAAAUGCGUAAUUUACAGACGUCAGUGCUGGAAGAAUGUGAAUUAUUUGACUGUCCAUCAUCAAAUAUUUAAAACUAAUUUUUAACUUUCCAAGAGAAUGAACUGAGAAACAAACAGAAAAGUAGUUAACUUAAGACAUUUUGGAAGAAUGGUGAAAACUUUCUUUUUAAGCUUGUUUGUGCAGUCUUUUUCUUUUGCCUUAUACACACAAACACAUUGAAACUGUUAAAGCUACCUCCCCUCUACUUCAAACCCUUCUUUUUUUAUGUAGAAACAAGCAGAGCAGGAAAUUAACACUGCUAAACUGCUGGUACCCUCCAUGUGUGCUAACUGCUUCAGCUCAAUCAGCCUGUUUGGCAGGUAACCAACCUUGAAGAGGGAGUUUGUGUAAAUCAUGGUGGAUGGGAGAAUAGAUGUGGAGAUGGUGUCUGUUAUGGUAUCCAACAGCCUUGUAGUCAGAGGAAAAAAGCUCGUUUCCGGCCUACAUAAGAAGUUCAUAGUGCCUUUUUAAAUGGAGAUAAUGACGAAGCUACCCACGUGUCUUUCUGGGGUUUUUUUCUGUCUCCAUUAACCACCACCAUCUACUCCAUUAAGGCCUUAUCCCAUCCUGUUCCUCCAGAGAGAACAAGACAGACUGCGGAUGUACCUUCUGCAUCAACGCCUUUGUGGUGUUUGUUCUCACCAUCGAUGUCUGUUUGCUUUAUAUGUGGAUGUGUAUUUUUUGUGUAAUGCACAAAGCUUGAUUACUGACCCACUGUCA